CGCACUUGACGAACGUUCUCAGUCUUUCAAGGGGUUCACUUCACCUUUUGCUCACUGCACUUGAGGUACCACGUCUUUGAUCAAAUAUAUCUGUUUCCUUAAUUUUUGAAGAAUUGCAGCUUUCGUUUUUACUUCAUUAGCAAGCUGCUAAGUGGCUGGUACCCAGGGCUCCCUACUGCUGUGUAGUUCAUCGGUUACAGUAUGGAAGGCAGUGGCACUGGAUGGACUGGAGGUUUGCUGCCCUCUGUAGGCGAAGAGGCAACUAAGGAGCACUCAGUCUUUGAGGUGGCUGUCCAGAACGGCUUGGCCAACCACAGCUCUCUGUUUGCAGACGUGGCUCUGCUGCAGAGCUUCAAGCUGCUCAUCAUCCCCUGCUACGCCCUGGUGGUGUUGGUGGGUGUGUUGGGGAACUACUUGCUGCUCUACGUCAUCUGCUGCACCCGCAAGAUGCACAAUGUCUCCAACUUCUUCAUCGGGAAUCUGGCCUUCUCAGACAUGCUGAUGUGUGUGACCUGUGUACCCUUCACCCUGGCCUAUGCCUUUAACCCCCGUGGCUGGGUGUUUGGAAGGUUUAUGUGCUACCUGGUGUUCCUGAUCCAGCCAGUCACAGUUUAUGUGUCUGUCUUCACCCUCACCGCCAUUGCUGUCGACAGGUACUAUGCCACUGUGCAUCCUCUGAAGAAGCGCACCUCGGUGGCCACCUGUGCCUAUGUGCUGUCAGGGAUCUGGCUGCUGUCCUGUGGUCUGGUGGCUCCAGCUGUGGCCCACACCUACCAUGUGGAAUUCAGAGAGGAGGGCCUCACCAUCUGUGAGGAGUUCUGGCUGGGGCAGGAGAAGGAGAGGCUAGCCUACGCUUACAGUACCUUGCUGGUUACCUACAUCCUGCCACUCUCCGCCGUCUGUGUCUCCUACCUCUGCAUCUCUGUCAAGCUGAGGAACUGUGUGGCACCGGGACAUCGGACCCGGGACCAGGCAGAGGCACAGCGAGCCCGGAAGCGGAAGAUCUUCCGUCUGGUUGCGCUGGUUGUGGCGGCCUUUGGGGUGUGCUGGCUGCCCAUUCACGUGUUCAACGUACUGCGUGACAUCAACAUCCGCCUCAUCAAUAAGCGCCACUUCCUGCUCAUCCAACUAAUGUGCCAUCUGUGUGCCAUGAGCUCGUCCUGCUGUAACCCCUUCCUGUAUGCCUGGCUGCACGACCGCUUCCGCGCCGAGCUGAGGAAGAUGUUCACCUGCCACCGCCACAUCGGCAUCCCUGCCAACCACUGUGCUACAGCCAGCGUGGCCCUGUGACUGUGCAGGGACAAGGAGAGAGAAGAGACAGAAGAUCUCUGAUACCAGUGUAAACAUGUUGUAGGUCCAAUUUUCUGAUUAUUUGCUAGUGACCUAAUGUGGACAUGACAAGAGUUAAUUGUGACUUACAGCUGAUUACAGAGAUAUUAGGUGGCUCCCUAGUCAUUUUUCGAUGAACAAAUCAAUUGAACAUGCAUGAGGUGAUUGCCUGGAAAGAAUGAAUGAACUGAUUGAAUGCCAAUAAUAUGAAGGUAACACAAGAGAGAAAAAAGCAAGAGAAAGAAUAAAGGGAGAGGGAAGGAGAGGGAGAAAGAGGAGGCGAGGUGACAGGACCACCAAACAAAUGUUAUUUUGAAGGCCAUUAUGCACAGCCACAGUCAUUGUUUAACACCAGGAAACAUCAGCAAGCAGGAGAUUCAUCUGCCAAAAAUUAGAGGUUUGGUGGAUAAUUUCAAGGCAGUGUUAGGGUUCAUUCCUUACGUCCUUCUUUGUCAAUCAUUGGUUCAUUGGUGAAAUUAGCAUUAUGACAAUAUCUUUAAUUAAAUCAUUCAAAAAGCUUUAUUAAUGCAAUUGCAGACAGAAGUUGACAAACAGGAACAUAGCACGCAUGUUUCUGAGUAAGUUCUGCAUCAAAUAAAAGGUCUCAAGUUGUUUUAUUAAACUGAAGUCCCACCUUAGUGAUGUCACUGACUACGUCAUUACCUUUUUACUCCUGAGACCAAAACCCUAUAUAAACAAUGGCUUUUAGUGGUAUCUUAAACUUAGCAGUAAACGUCCACUCCCCAAAGCUGAUUUAUUGUGGAAUGUCUAACUAGUCUUUUAUCUCCCACAAUCCCCUGCAGAGUUCUGUCUCAGUCACACACACACAGACAGAGAGAGACAGAGAGAGAAAGAAAACAACUGUGGAAGAAUUCUUUACUCAUUGCGCUCUAUUGACUCCUUGUGGCCGGCCGGGCGCCUGCAGGCUGACCUCGGUCGUCAGUUGAACGGUGUUUCCUCCGACACAUUGGUGCAACUGACUUCCGGGUUAAGCGAGCGGGUGUUAAGAAGCGCGGGUUUUGCGGGUCAUGUUUCGGAGGACGCAUGACUCGACCUUUGCCUCCUGAGCCCGUUGUGGAGUUGCAUAUCACGAAAUUAGGGAGAAAAAGGGUAUAAAAUUACAAAAAACUAAAAUGUAAUUAAGUGUUUGUUAGGCAUUUGCUGAGGUCAUGCUUCCCACUGCUUGCUUGCAAUAAUGACUGCAUUAUAGUUUAACUGAGGUGUUGAUUCCUAUUGGUUUUUUAGACCAACCACAAAAAACCUUCCCCACUUUCAAUACAUUUAGUGAAAUGUCAUGGUGCCUUGCUUUAGUUGUUGUGAAUCCCUAAUAAAUGGCCUUCUGUGGUUUGUGUCAUGCCAUAUAAAAUGUCUGUCCUUAAGUGAUUGCAUGCAAUUAUGUAUACAAUUCUGAAUAAACAAACACUGAGAAUUGGCCAAUUGCUGAUUGAAAAAAAGCUACUAAGCUU